AUGCUGCACAGCCAGUCCUAUGUGCACCUGGUGCUCCAGUAUGGCGGCGACUUCUGCAUGGAGCAAGUGCUGUCGAUUCAACCAGGCCGCCAUUUGUCCAGGGACGAUGCCGUGGACUGCACCAUCCAGAUCGCGAGUGCUCUGUCCCACUGCCACGCCAAUGAUGUUACUCACGGGCAGGUGUCGCUGAGGCAUGUGUCGGUAGAGAUGGCGAGGAAUCGGCUCGUUUGCCGCCUGGUGGACUUCAGCAUGGCAGCCCACGUUCCAGACUCCAGCACGCGGGAGACCAUGUGCGGUUCUCUCCCGUGCGUCGCUCCGGAGACAGCGCUGGGGGAGCCGUACUGGCCCAAGCCGGCAGAUUGUUGGAGCCUAGGGGUGGUGCUCUUGGAGACCGCUUGCGGGCAAGGCUCGCUCGAGCUCUCGGUGCCAUGGCGCCGUUGCGCACACCUUGUGCAGGCCAUGCGGGAGAUACUCGAGUUCUUCGCCCAAGCCGGCUCCCAUGCCCAGGCGAUGGCGAGCAUGGACGGCGUGCACGACGGAGCGACGUUGGCGUGCCUGGAGGAGUUGCUGAGGCCCGAGCCCCUCCGCAGGGCGAGCGCCUCCGUCGCGGCGGACGUGCUGCAGCCAGGCGCGUGA